AUGCGUGCCGUAGGGCACCAAGACGUGGCUGACGACAGCGAGGACACCGUUGACCCCAGACGGCUGUCCUCCGGCAGACGAAACAUGCACAGAACGAGCAAACGAACGACCAAAAUUAAACUUUCAGUAGCAAGCAAUAUAAGGGCAAAACAACAGCAUCUGAAGGAAAGGGGGGGACUCAUUAUUACUGUGAAAUUUGGUGCUCCUACACCGCAAACAGACAUAGCUUACCACUUUGAGCUGAAGUGCAGCUCUUCCAAGAGGGAGAGGCGCGGCCAGAGAGCUACACCCGUUGCCUAG